CCGCUGACUUCGAGUCAUGAAGCCCGUCAAACAUACAAGGCAGGGCCGCGGUCGGAGUUGGGACGCCAGGGACGGGGGUGACUGUAGCCGGAGAGUCGACGAUAUCGAGGCUGCUUGACCACAGAUAUGCUUACAAUUCCAUUUUUGCGUGCGUCAGCCGACUAAACGGCCGAUAUAUGCCAGCCGGUUUUCGUACUUUUAGGCGAGGGGCAUAGUUAUUCACAGCCCAAGUAAAAGCCAACUCUCCCAUAAUCAGAUUGAGGAUGAUAUUUUCUAAUACUGGAAACCCACUAAGGACGCAGUUUCGCAAACAGUCACCGGUUACCCUACUGUCUCAUCCCAUGGCUCCACCCAGCCCAAGUAACAACAGCAGCACCAACAGCAGCAAUAGUACUGCAGGCUGGGAGCAACUCAGCAAAACCAACCUCUACAUCAGAGGGCUGUCCCCAUCAACAACAGAUCAUGACCUGGUCAAACUCUGUCAGCCGUAUGGCAAAAUAGUAUCAACAAAGGCCAUCCUGGACAAGACUACAAACAAAUGCAAAGGGUAUGGCUUUGUGGAUUUUGAUAGUCCCACUGCAGCUCAGAAAGCAGUGGCUGCCCUAAAGACUAGUGGAGUUCAAGCUCAGAUGGCAAAGCAACAAGAACAAGACCCGACCAACUUGUAUAUAUCAAACUUGCCCCUGUCAAUGGACGAGCAGGAACUGGAGAACAUGCUGAAGCACUUUGGCCAGGUCAUUUCCACACGUGUUUUGAGGGACUCAAGUGGAGCAAGCAGAGGAGUAGGCUUUGCCAGGAUGGAGUCAACAGAAAAAUGCGAUGCAGUCAUUUCUCACUUUAAUGGCAAGUUCAUCAAGACGCCCGCCGGUGUUCCAGCACCUGCUGAACCUUUGCUUUGCAAAUUUGCGGACGGUGGGCAGAAAAAGAGACAAGGCCAAAACAAAUUUGUUCAGAAUGGUCGAGGUUGGCUAAGAGAUGGAAACGUCAGACUGGCUGGAAUGACACUCACGUAUGAUCCCAGUGCAGCAGCAAUACAAAACGGAUUCUUCCCACCAGCGUACAGCAUUUCCAACAGGAUGAUUGCUCACACACCCAUGUCCACGUACAUGUCUCCAGUUUCAGCAUACCAGGUGCAGAACCCAUCUUGGAUGCAUCAUCAACCCUACAUCAUGCAGCACCCUGGUGCAGUCAUAUCGCCCUCUAUGGAGCCAUCAUUGUCACUGCAGCCUACAUCCCUGAUGACUCCUCUCACACAGCAAAUGAGUCAUAUGUCUUUAGGCAAUGCAGGAGCGUUCAUUGCCACCAACACUCCCAUGCCAGGUGCUUACAUCCCUCAGUACACACACAUGCAAACAGCAGCCGUUCCUGGAGAAGAAAACGGAGUUUCUUCUCAGGUGGACACUUCCGGCAACCCUUCCCCAUAUGCCUACCAACAAACCAAGUAGUGCCGACUUAAGUGUUUGCCAACCACUACAGCAAAUUUGGCAACAAACAAAAGCAAUGAACGCUAAGGAUCCUUCACUGUUUUGCACUGGUUUUGCAAUUGUCGUGAGGCUAUUUUUGGAAUCGUUUUCGAAGAGCACAAAAGGAUACUCUUCGGUUUAUCAAAUGAUUUUAACAACUACUAAGAACAUGUUUUGAAAAGGUUUUUUAUUUUCAUACAAAAAAUGUUUAUUUUUUACCAAAGAUGGCCAGGAAAUACAAGGAAAAAAAUGUGCAUGGUGAUAAAUGUCCUUUUUCAGCCUAAUAUUUUGACAUUAUUGUGCUUGCUGUGCGAGUGUUGCCAUGGCCAAGUCUUGGUGUUUUCCUCCUCUGUCGUGCUUUACGAUGACAAUGCUAUCUGCUUACAGUUUGCCUUAACAGUUUUACUACAGUGAUUGUUAGAUCGCCACAAAGAACUGGAAGUGAGGGCUGUUGCUUUGUAAAUGAGCAAUGACAUGUGUUUUUGCUUCACGCCGCCCAAGGAUUAAUAGGAAAUUGAUGUGUGUACAGUAAGUACUGACUCCUGUUGAUUUUAUUGUGAUAUUUAUUUUGAGAAAAAAUAUAUGGUCCUGGAUGUUUGCCUGAAAGAUCAUCUUUGGAAUCUAGCCUUUUUUGCCAACUUCCUAACGGAAACUAGCCGACAUUGUUAGUGAGGCAAGCAUCUUUUUGUGGUCAAUUUGGGUUGCAAUAGAUGAUGGUGUCUUUCACUUUUAUUUAACAAGCCAAGAGGAACACGUGGAUUUAGAAUUGUGCAAAGACAAAGCUGUGUCAAAUGACUUUGUGGGAGCUUACAAGAGAUGUGCAUAGUAGCUUUUUCUGGAUAAGAUACUAAUAGUUGCCACUUUGCUUUAUCACCAAAGAUAGGGUAGUUUGUACACUGAGGAAACAGAAUCUGUGUCUUUUAACAGAACAAAAGUGAUGAUUAACUGUGCCUUUCUCAACAUUUACACUCAGUUUGCAUCCCGACGGUAGUUGUAAUAUGGACACAAGCAUAAAAACAGGAAUCCAAGUGCCACAGACUAGUUUUUUUCCUACAGAAUAGGAGACGAUUUAAUACAUUAUUGAGGGUGUUUAAAAAGAGAAAAGUGGUUUUUAAUAUGACAGCACUCCAAAGAGGUGCUUUCAACUAAAUCCUGGUUAUUUUUUGAAUAACAUUCUUAAGGUGCACUUCUGCUAUUCCAACAAGUGGUCAGUAAGACCAGAUAUCUACCUCAGUUCUACCGUGUUCCUCAGUUCUAAGCCGGAUGAGCGAGUCCAGCCCACUUCCCAGACCAAAUGCUAAGCUCAGGAGCUGGUCACAUGGCGCAGUUUCCUUUCAUUUUUAUCUUUUUUUUUUUCCUAUACAUUUUUGAACAGUGUGUUCUCAAGAAGGUGUUCAGCCACAUGCUUUUAAGAACUACCUUCACCUCAUUAAAUUCCUAAGACAAUAAGAUGUGUUCACUGGAGAUGUGGUCGAUUUUAACACCCCGUCAUGGAUGGAGACCAACUUGCAAGCAGCGUUUGCUGGGUGUAAAAACAAAAACGUUGUGAUAUCCCCGUUAUGUCUGAGACUGAGAACGAAUACUGUUUUGUGAGAUUUUGCUGUUAAUGCUGUCUAAACCAAGUAAGAACUGCAGAUCUGUGUCAAGGAAAAACUGGUCAGAAAAGUAACAGUCAUGUUAAACAGUCAUUAAGUUGUAUUGAAAGAAAAUUCUAAUUUAUGAAGUUUUUUUUUUGUACAGAGCUUGAAGAGGUUUAUGAAAGUAUUGUUCUAAGUUGCCCCCUCCCCUCCCCCCCUUUUUUUUUUUUUUUUUUUAAUUCGUACCACAUACUUGCGAGUGGUUGUGUUUGUACAGUUACAAGCUUCUUAUGUCUUCGUAGUGUUUGUUAAGGCCAAACUCGUUUCCUCUCGUAGUUUGCUGCCUCAGGUUUAUUCCUUUUACUUUUUAUGGAUUUUUUUUCCCAAAUAAAGAACAUUGAGAUUUUUUUAAAGUGCAUUCUGAUUUUGUAUAAGGAAAAAAUACACAAGACACCUGAGCAGUUAAAUCUUCUGUAUUUUCAAAUUAGUUCCACUGCUAAAAUAGACUACUUCCCACAAUUUAAUAACACUGUACCAUUCAUUUGAAUAAACAAGAUGCCUGUUUUCCUCGUGGGGAAAAAUAACAGGUGGUUCCAGUGCCACUAGGUGGCUGCCAUUACCAUUACUAUUAUAUCUUGUACCACAGGGUGUCCCAGGAGACCACUU